GUCGCAAAUGGACAGGAGGUUUCCCAGAAGGUUUCCCAGGAGGUUUCCCAGAAGGUUACCCAGAAUCUGCCAGAGAUCCACGAUGAAGAUCAAAGCCCUAGCAAGUGUUUUUUGCGAGCGUUCAUGGAUGCCCGGAUGCCAAAUGCAGUUUUUGCCACUUGGCUCAUCAACCUCCUCCGAAGCAGCGACCGGAAAAGAAGUCUCCAGAUCGCGGAGGUUCAAAGUUUUGUGGCCCUUCGGUGCUUAGUCGGACAAGAAUGCUUUCCGAAGGUUGGCAGUUGGCAGUCCGCCAACAGGGGCGUUGCCGAACAGGCCGUCUCUGAUCGAGGUUUCUGCUGUCCCAGCAGUCUCGAUGCUGCAGGGCUGCCCUUUGCAACCACGCCCGGUACCGUGGCACAGCGCCAUGAAUUCCACCGAUACGACGACAACCACUACGACACCGGAACCACUGCCGAGUCUGUGGUAUGUUGGCAUAGGUUUCGCGUUGGACUUGUAACCAACACAGCUGUGGGCCCAUUGAUCGACGUCGCGGCCUACAGCUUUGCACCACAGUCAUUGGUAGCACCUUUUGGGGGUCUUGAUGUGGUCUGGAACGCUCUUUUGGCGCCUUUCAUUCUCAAAGAGAAGUUAACAAGGCACCGUCUAGUUGGGAGCAUAUUAGUGAUGACAGGCAGCAUUGGCUCAGCCUGCUUCGGAAGUCAGGAGGACCCACUAUAUACCAUCGAGUACAUCGAAGCAACCCUCUUUAGCUGGCGCGUGCUGAUCUACUUUUCUUGUUUUUUAGUGUGGUAUUCCUUCAACCAGUUCUUUCUCAUGCGCUGGCCCAUUGGAAGCUUGAUCAAGGGUUUGUCAUAUGGCUGGACUGCUGGUUCGUUGGCUGGUAACAUGUGGUGCACAAAGCUGGCGAUUGAGCUGGUUCAGACCUCAAUAAUUCAAAGAGACGCAGAACCCUGGAAGACGUGGAUUCCAUAUUGUGCACUGCUUGGAGCUGCCUUUUUUGCCAUCGUCAAUGCGUUCUUUUUGACUCGUGGGCUCCAGCAUUACGAAGCCUUCUUCAUGAUCACAACUGUCGAAGGUUCUAUGAUCUUAUCAGCCAGCCUUUCUGGCGCCAUCGUCUUGCGUGACGUCUACGACUUGCCGGGUUGGAGGAUCGGAUUGUAUUCCUUGUCCGUCAUGGUGGUGAUCUUAGGUAUGGUGGUGGUUUUCAAGGGUGAAGCGAGUAGCAAGAGCUCUUUGCUCAGCGGCAGUGCGAGCAUUUCGCUGGAGCCGAAGAAGGGCGAAGGAAAUGCCACUCCAGCAGUUCCACCUUCGCCCCAGGGCAGACGCUCUGUGCUUGCGAACCUGCCACCCAGUCCCACGACGUCCAUUGCAUCGGACGGUGGUUACAGAGGAGUAAGGCUAAGGGCCAUCAGCUCGGAGGAUAUCGAGAAUGGUACUGUUGUCAUAACCACAAAGGGCUCCUACACUCGCGCAUCUCCUGCGACGAUCAAAGAAGGCGAUGAUGAGGUAGAUGAAUGCAUUCAGCUCGACCAUCCACCUGCAAAGAAGAAGAGCAACAAGAGCCUGGUUUCUGGAAAUGGAGAAGCGGUCGACGCGGAAGAGACCAGGACGGCACCAGUUCCUAUGGCAACAGCACUGACAUCGGCACCUGCCGGGUGGAUGCCAAGCAUUGCUCAGUCGGCGGAUUUUCUCACCCUCAGGCUCAAGGAGGAAAAGCCGCCACGGCUUCAACCAGUGUUCAACGGAUGUCAACGGUCAGCUGGUGGAGCUG